UGUCCGAGGGGUUAAGGAGCUCCAUCAUUUACCGCUUUAGGGUUUCGAGACACGCUUGCUUGCAUUUGCAUCCCCUGGUGUUUUCUUCUCUUCUGCCUCUCCUUCUUCUUCUUCUUCAUGGAGUUAGUUUUGUUGAACAGGGUGGUGAUGGCAAGAACAAGGAUGUUUGAAUCGUCAACUGGCGUUUUUCAUUCUCAAUCGUCUACUGCAUUAGUGUGCUUCGUGAAUUGAUGCUUUGUUUGACUUGAAGGCGAGUGGAGUUGUGAGCUCUUCCGUGGUGACAUGGCGAGGCGGUGGUUUCGGUUACUGCUUCUGCUGCUUGCUCUGGUCUCUGUGGUCGUCCAUUGCUGUCGUGCAUUGGAGGAAGAGGACUCACAGGGUUUGGUAAAGGAGGACGUGGUGUCUCUCGAGGGAGAGGAGCUCGACGAUGAGGAUGAGCUAGAGGAUUUGGAUGAGGGGUUGGAGGAUGGCGGGGGUGGUUCGGAUUCCUUCAGCUCUGUUGAGACCAUGGCCGCUAGCAAAGUGGUCAAUGUGAACGAUCGGGACGUGGAGAGAGUGGUUGCGCGUUUUGAAUACGUUUUGUUGUUAGGUUACGCGCCGUGGUGCACCCAGAGCCAGAAGCUUCUCCCCGAAUUUGCAGCGGCGGCCCUUAAUUUGGUACAGCUUGGAAAUCCUACGGUGUUCGCGAAGGUAGAUGCUAUUAACAAUCUGGCUACUUCGUCUCGAUACGGGAUACGCGGGUAUCCCACGCUCAUCUUCUUCGUCAAUGGUUCUCGACAGGCGUACUCUGGAGGUCAUUCCAGGGAGGAAAUCUCUCUUUGGGUGCGUAAAAAGACAGACAAUGCUGUUACUACAAUUAGGAGCGAAGAAGAGGCUGAGAUUAUUCUGAAAAAGAAUCUGACUACAGUUCUUGGUUACUUUGACAAGCUAGAGGGCCCAGAGCAUGAAGCAUUUGUUGCAGCUGCGAAAUCGGAAAUGAACACUGAGUUCGUGCAAACCACGGUUGCGGAAGUUGCGCAAGUGUUCAUCAGGCCGCCAUUUGUUGCAUUGCGCAAGCCUGAACCUGAGUAUUUCUCUGCCUUCGAUGGCAAUUUCAGUCCGAAGGAGAUAAGCUUGUUUGUGGAGAUGAACAAGCGCCCUCUUCUCACCGUGUUGAACUCUAAAAAUGCCAACAUGGUUUAUUCCAGCCCUCUGAAGUUGCACGUUUUGCUAUUUGCAGAGACCAAAGAUUAUGAAAGUAUAAAACCUCUAUAUAUGGAGGCAGCACAAGACUUCAAGUCGAAGGUCAUGUUUGUGGUUGUUGAUAUGGAGGAUAAGGACUUCGCAAUGCCUAUGCUUGCUGUGUAUGGUUUGGACAGGAAUAAACCUGUUGUUGCCGGCCUUAACAAUGAAGAUGGUUCAAAGUAUCUUAUGGAGUCAGACUUAACCGUUGAAAAUUUGAAGAAAUUUGCAGCUGACUUCUACUCUAGAAAGCUUCCGCUGUAUUUCAAGUCUCAGCCAGUCCCUGUUGAGAAUGGUCUAGUCAAGAUAGUUGUGGGGAAGACUUUUGAUGAGGUUGUGAUGGAUGAUUGGAAAGAUGUUUUUCUUCAGGUACAUGCGCCUUGGUGCCCAUCUUGUGAAAAAGUCAAUCGAGUAUUUGAGAAAUUGGCCAGACAUGUCCAAAAGGUGCCAUCUCUGCUAAUGGCGAAGUUUGAUGCACAGGCCAAUGAACAUCCCUCUUUGAUGGAUGUUCAUAGUUAUCCAUUGCUGUUGCUAUAUCCGGCUGGCAGGAAGUCAAGUAAACCGAUUGUUGCACAAUCACAGGCAAGCUGGAAGAAGCUUUUGGUCUUCCUAAAAGAAAACGUUGCUAUUCCGUUUCCUGUUUCAAACGGUGAUGAGAUUGUACCUAAAGCUCAUGGUGUGAACGAUGUAGCGAGGUUGGAUGCUGAGCAGGUCAAGGAAAUUAAUGAUCCUCUUUCAGUUGAAAACUUGGAGAAGGAACCUGUUGAUGAAGCUUCAGGUAGUCAGGAGGUAGCUGAGAAGUUAUACCUUUCCUCACAAAGUGGUAACAACGUCGAAGACUUGUAUUUUGCGGAGCUGAAUGACGAGCUUUGACUGUAUCUCUCAAGAUUAUUCUAGAGCCAACCGAGUAGCUUUUCAAAGAUACAGAUUCCGUAUAUUUGUUUCCAAGCGGAGUUUGAGUGGCUCGUAGUCAUGAUGCGUGAACCCACAACUGUCAGGCGGAACAUGUAGCAUUAUUGUUGGACAUUAGUGCGAGUUCAGAUGAGCAAGAGUGAAGAGGUGUUACCAAUGACACCCUCCUCUGGAAGUCCUGGGGUUCUGCAGCUGGAACUCCCUGAAUAUUGCAUGCGAACAAUUUCAAUGCACGUAUACGUGAUUUAAGCCCCACAGAAACCUUCAUCAGGACCUUAAUUUGAAGUGAGCAUGGCUUUAUUUAUUUGAAGAAAAAGGAAUUUUCGUGUUUUAGGGUUUGGUGGGUUCUGACUGUGUGAGAGAGACAGCGGAACUGUUGUUUAUGGACGAUUGAGGUUUGGAAACGGUAAUGUCAGACGUUCAUACUCGUUUCAGUUGAUAGAUUGUUGGGCUUGUAUUUUCUUCUGUUAACACAUUUUGAAGACUGAACUUA